UGUCGUACGAUAUGUGGAGACGCACAAGAGAAGACUGAAAUCCGGUCCGGGGCGAGUCGAGAGCAAGUCACCGUACAACUGUGCCGUGGCAUCUGGGCGGAAGCUUGGAGGGUCGGAGAGAGAGAGGAUCGGAGAGAGGGGAAGAGGGGAGGGAGAGAGCUGUUGUCGCCGUGAUGGGUUUACAGGGCUCGGGCGGUGGAGCAUCGACGAGCUUUUGAUCUGUUCGUCUUGGCCCUCGCAUGGAGCUCAAACGGCACCGACCCGUGCAUGUGUAGCGCAGCGGCAGCGGCAGCGGUGGCGGUGGCGGUAGCUGUGACCGAAAGUGCAGACGUGAGACGAAAUGCUGGGCAGAGAAAUUUAGCAUACAUUGCCGCAGCGAUAGGGACGGAGCGAGAGAGAGAGAGAGAGAGAGAGAGAGAGGAGGGACAGACAAAGCCGGUGCCUGUAGGUGAGAUUCUCAGGCUUACCUCUUCGGCGGUAGCUCGAGGUCCAUAUUCGCCAGAGCAGCGAAUGGCACGCCUCGUUUCUCAGCUAUUUUUAUGUCGCUCUCCUAAAAAUAAAUCCACGGCGGACCUAGGCGGCGGCAUGGCGCUGGCACUAUAGGCAUGCAUCGUCCAAGCUGUGGCUAGUGGUAGAUGU